CGCAUUCGUUUGAGCGGCUUUCGCUUGUUGCAGGGCUGCGAGCGCGUCAACGCAACAUCGACGGCAACGGUACUGCGAAUUGAGAAGCAGCAAUUGCUAGUUACGGACGAAGCGAGUUCUGACUUUUGCUUGGGCUUUGGGGCAGAUACAAAAUUGCAGCUGCCAUCGACGCGCGCGUUGUUUGUGUUUGUGCUUGUGUUAUGUUUUUGAGUUCGUGUUGUUGGUGUGAAUAUUUAUAAAUAAAUCGCGUGGCGUGAAAGUGAAAUGCGUUGCAAGCAACAUAACUAAGUGCGUGUGGAUGCCGCAUUGCAUAGCAGCAGCAGUCUCAAGAGCAGCGCAACUAAAGCGACGCAAUUAAGUGAAAAAAUUUCUAAAAAAUCAAGUCAGGUUUUUGCUUUAUCUACCUAUCUCUCUCUCUCACACUCUCGCUACGAGUUCUGCUAUUGUUUAUCUAUUGAAAGCGACGCCGUGUCGCUCAUUCAACAGCAGCAGCAACAACAACAACAAGUUGGACAGCCGCGAUUCGUUCAACUGGAAGAAAGGCGCGGCAGCAUCAAACUCAAAACUGAAACUGAAACGCUGCUUAGCAUAAAACAGCAAGCACAACAACAACAACAAUAUAGCGUCCUUGAGCUCGUAAUUUAAACACCUGUUCAAGCGAAACAACAACGACAGGAGAAAGAGAAGAGACAGAAGAGAGCAUUUCGUACAUCUGUCCAUCUCACUCGCACCAUAAUGAAUAAUUUCACAACAACAACGGCCGCUGUGCCCAAAAAGGAAUCACUGCCACGAUCAGGACAUGUUAAUGAGGUUUGCAAGGAAUGGCUCGUGCGUGAGGACGGCGCUCUGGCCUACAAGUUGCAGUCCCAGGAGAUUAACGACUUUUAUAAGGGCAAUCGCUAUCGGAAUGCCGUGGUCCGCGAAGAUUUCCCCACGGCUCUGCAUGAGCAAAUUAAGGAAACGGAGCAGGCCCAGCGCCAGGUGGAAGCCUAUCGAAGACGCCUCACUGAACAGGAGGAGCACGAUAAACGCGUUGCCAAAGAAAUCGCUGACAAGCUGGAGCGUGAUCUCCAGGAACAGCAGCAGAAGGAGCUGCAGCAGAGCGAACUUAUAGCACAGAAAAUGCAGGAGAUCUAUGUGAAUCUGCCGCCCGUGCCGCCGCCAGCAACACGCGAUAAAAGUCGUCCACCGCCACGGCCAGCCAAAGCAAGUAUACAUCAACAGCAACAGCAACAGUUGCAGCAGCAGCAGCAACAACAACAUCAGCUAUUGACCAAUGGCAGCCUUGAGCCCAGCACCUCACAGCAGGCUAGAUAUCUCAGUCAGCAACAACAGCAGCAGCAGCAACCAUUGCAGCUGCAGCAGCAACACUUUUCACAAACAGACAACUAUGUAGGACUAUCGCUCAUACCAAAUAUACUAGAAAUGCCAACAGCAGCCGCAGCAGCAGCAGCAGCAACACCAAGUAGACAAGCACAACAACAAGCACACGCACAGUUACAAACACAACAACAACAACACAAUAAUCAGCUGUUGGUGAGUGAUGCUGCUGUCGAGCACGCGCCACAUCAGCAGCAGCAACAACAACAGCUACAACAACAGUCACGCUUCCAUCACGCUCAUGCACCACAGUCACAUCAAUCCGCACGUCGCAUCAACAGCAACAGCAGCAAUAACAACACAACUACAUCCCAGCACAACAACAACACACCUAAUGCUAUCAAUCAGUCGCAAUCGCAUUCGCUUUCGCAUUCGCCCGACAUCGACUCCAUCGAUGAGCUGGUGGAUUAUGCCGAUGUUGCUGACAGCAUACGCAACAUGUCAGCAACAUCGGCGGCAGCAGCAGAUGCAGCAAUCAUCGAACGUUCCGCUUCCAAUGAGAACUUACUUCGAACCGAACACAAAUUUCAGAAACUCUCCCCGGAAAAGUACGAUCAAAUGGUGGGCAACUUUGCCCUCCCAAAUGCCAAAGCUGUCGAGCGGCACAUGCAACAACAUGCCGACGACAUUGAGCUCUACGUGGAUCUCUGCGAGUACGGCAGCCUGCGGGACAUCGGAGUGCCCGCCGAGGAGGCGCUGGAGAUGAGCAAGAAGCUCAAGCAGGAGCAAAAGGAUGAGAUACUGGCUCGUCGUCUACAAGCUAUAGAGAGCAAGGACAAUAUGCGACAGGAGCAGCGCGAUCGAAUGCUGGCCAUCGAGGCGCAGGACAAAGAGCUGGCCAAGAUGCUGCAAGAGCGCGAGAAAGCCAAAGUGAAGCGGGCCAAGGAGAAGGCGCGUCUGCGCAAAUCACAACAGAAGGAAGCAGCCAACGGCGGCAACAGCAGCAGCAGCAGCUUGCUGUGUGGCACCAAUGGACUUGCCUCGCAUUGUGGUCCGCUGUUGUCGCUGCCCCAGGACUGUAUGUCGGCGUCAUCGUCGACGUCACAAGCGCAGCUCGACAUUGAUGUGGAGGCCUAUUCGAAUCCCAUUGAUGUGCUCAACAGCAGUCGCCAAGCGCAGGAGCAACAGCGCCAACCAAACGGACUGCUCACCAAUGGCAGUCUGACACGUGACAGCAGCUCGAGUCAAGGCUCGAUGCAGCGUCAACAGCGACAGGCAGCUGCUGCAGCACAUAGUCUCAAUCGUGGCGAUGAUGACAUCUACACGUUGCCUGUGGACAGCUGUCGUCUAGGCAUCCAAGGCCAGCGACCCAUCUCACUGCACAUGGCUGCGGAAACAGUUCAACAACAGCAACAACAACAACAGCAGCACAAUUCGAUGACGCGUUCGGAACACUUUGGCUCGGAGGCGGGCUCACAUGACAGCACUUUGUCCAGCGGUCACGAUGUCUCGCCCCAUAUGAAGUACUCAAAGUCUGGCGGCAACUUUGGUAUAUAUAUCAAAGCGCCAGCCCCACGCCGCCUUACAUGCCAAUUCAGGGUACACGCCGAUCGAAUUCAAGUGAAGAUCGUAAAAAGAAAUCCAAGGACAACAAGUGCACGCAUCAAUGAAUCAUCAACAUCAGCAGCAGCAACAGAAGCAGCAGCACAUCAUUAUCUAUCAUAGAUUAUACUAGAUAUCAACUACUCAACUAACCACAUUUUAUAUACAAUACGUUUUGUUGAUAUGCGCUCUCAACAUUUAAUCGAAACUUGCAUCAAAAUGACAAUGAAAUUGUUGCUCAUCUCUUUACCAUCUCCAAUUUGUAGUACUUAGUUAUGAUAGCUUAGACUUUUUAGCUAUAUUUGUAUUGUAAUAAUAUUAAUGUUGUGUAUGCUCGGAUCCACAGACAGCUCAGCUUUGGGUUUACAAUAAAUAUUUUGUCAAUAAGUCAAAUGUGCCUGCUUU